AUGCACGCUGCUGCUGCGAAAGGGCACAGAGAUGUUGUUGAACUUCUGAUAAAAAGUAAUAUCAGCUUUUACAAAUCAAGCAAGAAUUAUCCAACUCCUCUUCACUUGGCUGCAGGAAAUGGACAUUUAGAAGUGCUUAGGUUGUUUUAUGAAUACGGCGCAAAGUUUGACGUGAUUACACUGCAUCACGCGGCAACAAGAAACCAUCUGGAUGUCGUGGAGUUUUUGUUAACAGCAGUAAAAGUUCGUGAUAGUUGUUUACAAUGUACAUGUAAACCUGAACAGUUUUCAAAAUUUAGUGUAGAAGGUGUGCACUUACAUUUCUGUGAAACGGCACUUCAUGCUGCUGUGUCAAGAGGAUACAUCGAUAUCGUAAAAAGUUUGUUGCCGUUUGAAAACGAAUCGUUGGAAUGCAAACAUCAUUCUGGAAAGACAGUGUUAAUGGAUGCUGUUGAGAGAAAUGAUAUUGAAAUGGUUGACUUACUAUUGGAGAAUGGUGCCAAUGUCACCGCGCCGUGUGGUAGUAAAAUAUCGAAGAAGAGUAGAAAUGAAAUGUGUUCAUUAUCUUCUACGUAUAAACAGGAUUUCUUGUAUAUGGUAUAUUGUGCAGAAGAUAGUUGUGAAUGCGGUAACACCGCAAUUCAUGUGAGUGCUAAACAUGGUUUCUGGAAAGUUGCAGAAAAACUUGUUAGCAAACAAGUUUUUGAUUUAACAGAUGUGAGAAACUGCGUCGAUGAAAAUGCAUUGCUUGUUGCUAUUUCGCAUGGUCACACACAUUUUUUAUACCAUACUAAUGAAAGCUAUAAAAGACAUGGUCAACAUUUACUUGAUUCUGCAAUUGUUAAAGGAGCCGUUAGACGAUUUUCUGAUAAUGCAGUGAAACGUAUUCUUGAUUAUCGGAUUAAUUAUGUAUACGAACAUACAUGGGAACUUUUAUUGCUUAGCGUAACUCAUUGGACACCAUAUGGCCAAUGCAGGCUGUGUUUAGAUUGGCCCUCCAUUUGUCCAGAGGUUUACGAAGAUGAAAAUUUUUCUUUGGUAGAAUGUAUAGAAAGACUAUCAAAAAAGAGCUUAGCUAUCAUUAGGUUACUAAUUGAAUCGAAUAAGUCGUAUAAAGAGAAAUUACUUAUUCUGAACAAAAAAGGUGAUAAAGGAAGGACACUUUUGCACCAUGCUGCUGAAAAUGGUUUCGAUGAUGCUGUUAAAUACCUAGGUCAAAUCGGUGCCGAUACACAAAUCGAAGGUGAAGAUGGCGAAAGCCCGUUGACUUUUGCGUUAACGAGGGUUUUUUUUGUAUCUGCGAAGCAGAUAUAUAUGCUAUCGCAAACGUGACCGUACUGUUACCGUACCGUAUGUUAACACAUAGCCAUUCAGCGACGAGCUUAUAUAUUUUAAACAUUUUAUGCCAAUUUAAGCCAAUCAGCGAUUCGUUUACAUCAAUUGUUUACAUCGUGCCCGCAUCUAACCUGCGAACGGGCAUACUUUAGCCUCGUCAGGCCUCGUGUACAGCCAAUUGCAGUUGAGCUUGCAGCUUGCAUUUUAAACGCGUUGUUGCAUCGUUCAAAAGUAUGCGUUCAUUCCUUGGAAACGCGCCGUUGCUAGGGGCGUAACGUGAACUUUUGGCGGGCGUUGUUGAGCUUCUGAAGAUUGAAGGGCGUAAACAUGUUGUUUUUCUAUUAUUGGCGUUGACGAAUUAAAUUAGGUAAUAGACACAGGUUUAGGGUUAUAAUUUGAUUGCAGGCAAAUGCAGGCACUCUUUUCUGUAACUGUAGUGUUUCGUAGCAGGCUGUGCUUUUGAAGACUUGAAGUCAUGGGAUCAAAAUAUCUUUUCAAGUUGGAAUACAACGACGACAAAUUUUCCACCUUUUUUGUGAACCUGUACGAGAAAAAUGAUUAUAAUUUUAUGGAUUUAACUAAUGACAUAAAAGCAAACGUUAGAUCACUGCAGCACGUAACACCAACUACAAUUAGAAUCAGGUACAAAGAUGAUGAUGGCGACUUUGUCAAUUUAUCAUUUGGGGACAUUGAAAUGUUCAAAGAAAUGUUCGAGUCCGCAAAUCAUGUCAAAGAUCGGGACUAUAAAAAGAUAUACCUGAAAGUUUCGCAGUUAGACUCUCCUGUUCUCGAUCCCCUCCCAAAGUCUAAGCAUGCUGCUGUCAAAAUCAACAAAGACGACGUUGAUAAAAAUCCCAAUACGGAACUUCCAGAUCCAAUUCUCAAUGAAUCCCAAAGGCGUCCUCCAAUGCACACUGCUGCUAGAAGUAAACUGAGUUCCAAGUUUAUUGGCGUCACCGAGGACCAGGACGAAGAGGCUGAAGAGCGCUAUUACGACAUGUAUUACGAUCCUGAUUACGAUAGAUUAGAGCCGACUCAAACCGUACCAGCACAAGGUGUAACUGGUCUUUCUCCUCUAGAACGCUACAUGAAAACACUAAACAAUAACAAAAGAGAGCAGGAGCUCAAAGUAGCGAAUCUAAGGGAUGAAUUAAUGACUGUCGAUAAAAAUCUGCUGCAAGCGAAGUCGAACAAUGAAUAUGUCCAGGGCAACGUAUGUGGCAACUGUCAUUUGAAACUUGGGCAUACGGCCAAAAAGUGCGUGCUUGACAAAUGUACGAAUGUUUAUAAUUGUGGAAUUGAAAAGUUCCACCCCCGUCAAACUAACAGAAGUAAGCUGCGACAGGAAUUACAAAAGGAAGAAAGCAAACUACAAAAGUUAAAGCAGGAAAUCCAAAAUCGCGAGUCUUCGGUUGAAAGUUUAAAAAAGUCAUUAGUUAAUCAGGUUGAACAGAAACUUUUGGCUGAAAAUGCAUCAGACUAUUAUGUUGGAGGACUAAGAAAUUGGUCUCUGUUGAGAGAGCAUGUACAUUUAAUUGAAAGUUAUUGCAAGAGAUAUUUUAAUGGGAAAAUUCCCCCAAAACAGAACCUUUCGCAAAUUCUGAGAAUGGCUAUGGUCGAUGUCGAUGAACAACGCGAGAAUUUCUCACAGUCAAAGCGCCGACGUGUUCACGAGAAUCCCGCCAAGGACGUCCUUGAAAAAUACGGAAUUAAAUUCCCUGUGGGUUCAACAAUUUCGUCGCCUUCAUGUGCAUCAAGUUUUUCCAAUCCUAGUUCUGAUAUUUGGUCUCGCUGCCAACCCAAGUCAAAGGCGGAAGAAGAAGCACAGUUGGAGUUAGUGUUGAAAGCAAGUACCUGCGAUGUAAGGGUGAAAGAAGACCAGAGUAGUGAUGUAAAAACUGAGCAUGUCAGUUGCAUAGAUUUAACACAUCACAAUGCCAAUGUACCAACAAUUGCAACAGACGCUGCCGAUGAUGUAAGUGAAGUCGCUUCUUUGAAUUCCACUUCAAGCGUGAGCAACGCAGCCAUGGCGUUAAUAUCAUUGUACAACACUACCAGUACCUCAAACGUCUCCCAUGGCGAUGAGAUAUAG